AGGUUAGGUUCUCCCCCGACGGAACCCACCUUGCCGUGGUGGGGGGGCUCACGUCUCUUGUCGACUCCGCGAGCUAUACCGGCAGGGUCACCCAUACCGGAAGGUCGCGUACGAGAGAGACAACUAAGAGGUUCCAAAGGGUAGGACGGGCUCUUUAGCCUCGGCAGGCAUCCGUCCUAGGUGAAGGCAACACUGAAUACAAAUCCCCCUGGUGGUAGGGCUAAAACACGCGGGAGAGGCACCCGUUAAAAAACUACCAAUGGAAGUUGAUAACGGAAAUUCGGUUACCGCACCAGGGGAUUCGGACCCCCAGGUGCCGGCAGUAGUGGGUGGAUCCGGGGUAGCAGCCGGGUCCAACGUAGCGGGCCCACUACGGUCGUCAUCCAUCGACCGUGAGGGUACGGGGGUGGCCAGCCAGGCCCCCGUCACUCUAGCAACUACUAGCGCUGGAAAAUCCAAAGAGGAGACGAAGGGAAAUGAGGGCUCAUCUGUUCGCCCGGACGGAGACUCACUUCAGGGCGCGGUAAUCCAUCUCCGCAAGUGCAUCGCCACACAGGACGGUGGCUAUAAACUACUACUCCAAAAGGCGUCGGCUUUGGAUACGUGGUCGGUUAAGACGAGGAGCCCGGAACUCAAGUCCGCCAUUGAAGAUCUGUUGGGCGUCAUCGCGGGCCUCAAGGGCAGUCGUGAGAGUGUAUUCAAGGCGUUCAACGCUCUCACCCAACGUGUUCCGAAGGGCGACCAGGUACCCACAGUCGUCCACAAGGAGGCUUCAGCGCAAACUGAGAAGAAUCCAAAGGUCUCGGAUCCCAUAUCGGCGGACAACGACGGAGACCGAAGCACGGCUAUCCUCAGCGCCAUUGCUGAAGUGAGGGCGAUAGUAGCUGACCAGCAGGGGCAGCUAGAUGGUCUCUUGUCUCGGUCGGCUAAGGACGACGAGAUUAAUCAGCGCUCUGAUACAUCUCGGGAGAGGAAACGGAGGAAGCGAGCCCGGACCCGUAGAAGAGGUGAUAGCCAAUCAGCUUCGGGCCAAACCAGUCAUCUCGAGGACGAGGACGAGGGACCCAAGAAUCACUCCCGCUCCAGACAGGUUAGGUUAGGUUCCGCGAUGGAGACCGAUACCGAGAAGUGGACCACAGUGGUCAAGAAACCGACCAAGCGCAAGAACCCGGCACCGGCGGAGCCUCGCACGGCGUCAGUCAAACCAAAGGCAAAAUCGAAAAAGCCCCCGGCCAUAUUGAUUAGACCCCUUGAGGGACAAUCUUAUGCAGACACGGUGCGCACGGUGAGGUCUUGCGGCCUCUCGAGGAGCGAUAUCGGAACUAAUGUGAAUAUGCGCGAAACAAAGGACGGCAGCCUGCUGUUGGAGCUCCCAGGCGGAUCUGGUUCAGGCCCCGCUUUGAAGAAGAUUACCUCAGCAAUUAGCGCCAAAUUGGGCGACUCCGUCGGUAAGGUGCUACAGCUAGGCGCGAAAGCUGAAGUCGAGAUUUUGGACCUGGACGCCGCGGCCACGGCCACGGAGGUUCUAGUUGCUCUUCGGGAAGCCAUCCCCGGUGGAGAAGACCCAGCCGCGAGGGCGGAACGCGACACCAUAGAAGACGUCCGCAUCUGGCCAACCCGCUCCGGGCAACAGGUAGCGACGGCUAAGAUGUCUAGAUACGCCGCCUCGGUGAUUACCAAAAUACCAGUAGGUUGGACACUGUGUAGGGUCCGCCCUAGAACUUUACCUCCCGAAAGGUGUUUCCGCUGUCAAAAGUUUGGACACAACGCUAGAAACUGCAACGAAUCCGACAGGGCUGGCGCGUGCUGGAGGUGCGGCGAUACAGGCCACCGAAUGAAGGAGUGCAAGGCGGCAGAGGAUAGCUGUCUGGCCUGCGACCUGGCAGGUCUCUCCAAGGUACCGCACAAGCCUGGCUCCGGCUCGUGCGCGGCGAGGAAGAUGGCGUCGAGUCCGACGGUUCCCCGCGAUGGUUAA